GUCACGAGACCCAAUUAUUUUUAUUAUUCGGAGUAUAAAAGGCUAAAUUUUCGCUUCGGUAUCAUAACCUCUACGCUUGUAACAGACAACGCACUGUAGAUCAUACAAUUACGAACCAGAAGAAAUCGCUGUCAACUUGAAUUCUGAAACCGAAACCAUUACAUUGUUAAAAUUUUGUAGAAGUCAACAAACUGCUUCAAUAGUCUAUAGAAGAAGAAAAACAAAAUGUCGCUGACCGUGAAGGCGUAUUUUCAGAAGAAGCCAGACGAUAGUCUAGAAAUUCGCCGGUUUACCAUACCGGUGGAUGCUUCAUCAAGCUACGAUUAUAUAUUCAAGAAAGUUUCGGAGGUGUUCCCGAAUUUUAGCCGAGGGAAUUUUAUUCUUUGUUGGAGAGAUCCUGAACAUGAACUGGUUGCCUUUUCAUCGGAUGAAGAAUUACUGGAAGCUCUAAGCUACGUGGAAAAUGGAAUAUUAAAGAUUUUUGUAAAGGAGAAAAGGACUGGACAUCCUACAGAAGAAGGUCCUGAGUCAUCUGGGGAACUUCAUCCCCAUGUUGUCUGUGAUGGAUGUAAUGGUGCCGUCUACGGUAUCAGAUACAAGUGCUGUGUCUGUCCCGAUUACGACUUGUGCUCCACCUGUGAAGGAAAGGGCCUACAUACUGAACAUGACAUGCUGAAAAUAACCUCACCAAGAUCGCAACAAAAAUUUCCUUUUGUACCACCACCCCACUUCCGUCGAUGGAUGAGAAAAUUUAUGAAUCGUUGGCAUAGCAAUCACCCUGAGGGAUGUGGAUUUGCAACUGAGUCCCCUGAAACGUCAGAGGAAAACAUGGAGACAGAAAAGCCAACUGGAGCUCCAGCUGAAAAACAGGGAGAGACAACUACAGGUACUGAAGGGGAGGCAACUCAAGAUGAAAGCAAAGAAGAUGAAACAACUGCAGAAGAAGAAUAUUUGAAGAAAUGGGGAGACAACAUCACAGAAAUGAUGGAUAAUUUUGGAAUCAAUGUAACUUUCGAAACAGAUCAUGAUGGAAAGAGAAAAUUUUACCAAGGUAGAUGUGGUCGUCGUGGAGGACGUGGUCGUCAUGGGCAUGGACACCAUGGCCCACACGGACCAGAAGGACCCCAUGGACCAUUUGGGCAUCCUCCAUUCCCAGGAGUCUUUGGUGCACCAGGUUUCCCUUUCUCUGGACCCCAUGGUUUCCCUGGACCCCAUGGUCCACCACCACCACCACCUCCUGGCUGUCCUGGAUUUGAUGGUUUCCCUGGAGCCCAUGUUAGACGUGGAAAAGGUUGUAAAGGAAAGGGUAAACAGGGAUGCCCAGUCUUCUCCGGUACGGGACAUAGACUGAAUACUGAAAGUUCUGGUGAAUCAAAGAACCAAAACCAAACCCAAAGUGAAGAAAACAAACAAACAGCCAAUGAAAACCAGCAAACAAAGGAGAAGACAUCUGGCGAUUCAAGCCCCGAAAGAGACACUGAAUGGAUGGUAUUGGACCAGAAUGGAUCAGUGAUCCCACCAAACAGCGACCUGUCCAAUCAGACAAGCAUCACUAUUAUUGGUGGAUCUGCUCCAGUCAUUCCCCCAACCCCGGCUACUACUACAACACCAGCUGCAACUGCUCCAGCUCCAAAACCCACUCAGGCACCAAGACAUUCUGAUCCAAGAAUUGCUGAAUCUGUAGAUCAAAUGUUGUCAAUGGGAUUUGAUAAUGAAUCUGGCUGGUUGACUCAUCUACUGGAAGCCAAAGGAGGAGAUAUCAGUCAGGCUCUGGAUUCUAUCAGACCUGAUCGUAGAGCUGCAGGUGCCCCACAUGGAGGUCACAUGGCUUAAAGCAACUAAUAGAAACCGUUAUAGGAAAGACCAACCAAUGAUGAUUGCCCUUAUUUAUCAACUUAUUUUAUUGUAGGGCUCUGAUUUAUGUAUCUUUAGUGCUUACAUAUGUAUUUUUGUUUUGAUAUUUGUUAGGGUUUUUGGUGAUUUAUGUACACUUAAUUGUUAUUGGAUAUUCUUUAAACUAGGAUUUGAAACAAAUUUCUAAAAAAAAGAAAGUCAUGUAAUUUGAUUUAAAAAUUUAUUUAAAUGUAUUUCCUUGACUACUUAUGUUAAAAUUUAAAACCACUAUUGUUUUAAAAUUGCAUCAAGCUAUAAAUAUUGUAUUGUUUCAUUAGUUAAAAUGGUAGAAAUUAGGGAAUUUAAGAGAAAUACUUUCUUAACACCUAUAUUAAAAUGAUUGAAAUAAGGGAUUUGUUUUAGAAUAAUAAUUAAUGAACACUUGUAUUAAAAUGGUUGAAAUUGGGUGAAUUGUUUUAGGGUAUUAAAAUAGUUAAAAUUACACCACUCUAUUAAUUUUAUGGUUAUAUUUUAAAGGUUUUAUCAAAUGUGUAGCUGGUUUCUUGUGGUUGUUUUGCUAUUUUCCUGUAUAUCAAAUAAAUCAUAUCAAAAUGAA